AUGGAGCUGGAUCCCUCGCAGGAGGUGCACCAUUUGGAGACCAGCGGGCUCGCGGAGAGGUGGACGCUGGCCGUGCAGGGCGCCGACUCGCGCGACCCGUGGCGGGUCGACGGGGAGAUCGCCAUCUCCGUGACGGGCAGGAAGGUCUUCCGGGACGUCGCGCGCGAGAGCAUCCUGGUGGACGUCAGCGUGGAUGUGCACCGCCGCGCCCCGCUCGUCACCCUGUCUGGCAUAUGCUCGCUGAGCAACGUGACCAAGAGGACGCUUGUCAUGACCGACCCGACCGGGGCGUUCAGGAUGCUGGUCGGGCCCGGCGAGUCCCGGCAGGCUGGCGUGGGGGGCGCUUUCGAGGUGACCCUGACCAACAGCGGCGAGGGCUCGGGGCUGGGCGAGCCCACGGCGACGGCUAUCAUGCCGGAGGACUGCGCGCGUAUAGACGGCGACACGACCCAGUGGUCCCGCGGAGGCGGUUACAAGUUUGUGUUGCUGCAGCAGGGCCUCGUGCAGGAAGGCCUCGUGAGGGACAUAGUCCUGGUCUGCGUGCCGAUGCUCCGCGUCCUCAACGGGAUGCCGUGCAGGAUUCUGUGCGGCACGGCGUGCGGGCCCGCCCCGGAGGCGGGCAGCCCCGCCGCCGCCGCCCUCGGGCGCGCCCUGCGCGCGGGCCUGGGCACCCCGAGGGCGCCGGGAAACGCACCCCCUGGGCCGCAGGCGCUCUCCGAGGUGGCCUCGGGCGACAUACAGGGGCUCGACGACAUUGACCCCUCGCAGCCGAUCCGGAAGACUAACGGUCGGGCUGAUGUCGCACUGUACUCAAAACAGUUGUGA